GUUCGAAAUUAGUCCUCGGCAGCUGAAGGCAUUGAACGACAGAAUACGGAGAAAAGAUUAAGGCUAGUCCUCAAACACCCUUAUUUUUGUUUGAUUAUGCCGCAUCCUCAAACACCCUCAUCCAUCGUUGGUUCUGUUGCUGGAUGACGCAGUCGUUGUAAAAAGAGAAAUCACUACGACAGCUUGGCUCUAUUUCCGCCCAAAGGAUAUCAUGACUCUCAAAGAGGAAAGAGGAAGACUCUCAAAGAGGAAGCGCGGUACCUCUAAAAAGAGAAAUGCAAUGAGCAAUUCACUGCAGCGAGACUCCGGGAAAGGAGUUCCUUAUGCCACUUGAUUUUGAUCCUUUUAGUGAGCAUGAAGCUUGUUCUUAAAUGUUGGUACUUGGUACAAGGCAUAUUCUUACCGGCAGACUGUACUCGGUAGACUGUACUAAAGCUCCUUAAGACGCAAUGGCGAAGUUCAUGAUCAUGAUGAUGAUGAAGGAUCCGCUACCUGACCUAACCUAACCUCGCCUGACCUAUUCUAGCCUUACCCAACCUCGCCUCACUUAUGAUGAUGAUUUUUCUUCUUCUCGUUCUUCUUCUUCUUCUUCUUCCUCUUCUAAUCACCGGGGAAUCCUUUGGCUGCGCGUUUGAAGAUGCUUAUUACCUUGAUAAUCCAGUCCACGACGAUGGCGAAGAACAAGAUGAGAUGGAAGGAGCCACAUUUGAGGCCAUUCCUAAAGAAUCAGUAGACGAGGAGUCUCUUGCUCCCAUUCCUAAAGAAU